AGCUACAUGUUAAGGAUGCAACGUUAUUUUUUCUAUGUGUUCCUUCGUUUUCGCGCCCGAAACUUCAGAUGGCGCCAACAACCACGAAACAGAACACAGUACAGCAUGUAUCUAAAGUUUCUUUCCCGGGCUGUAGGGCUGAUUCUUCGUUUCAUAGAGUUCUUCCUUUUUAAACUGAUGGAUUUAUAUGACCAGUUCUUGUACACUCCACUGCAGACGUCACUUCUACCUGUCGUCUGCAAGAUCCCACGAACUGUGGUUUUCAGUAACAAGUCCUACACAGUAUUUACAGCAAACAUUGUGUCUUACUCCCGAACAAUUUUGGUCAUACCCAUUGCCAUAUGCUUAAAGUACCAGUUCCAUACGACAGCGUUUCUAUUGGUCAUCCUGCAUGACUUCCUGGAUCACGUGGAUGGAAUCGUGGCUAAAGCUCACCGGCAGAUGUUUGGUCAGGUUGACGAUCCACUGCUGGGCGGAUUCAUGGACGCAUUCUGUGACAAGAUUGUAAACGUUCUGGCGCUUUGGUCAAUACUUAUGGUAACGGAUUUCCGAGAAUUCUCCUCAACACGAGUCUGGCUAUACGUUGGAGCUUGUGGCGUUAUAAUAGUCUAUGAGUUUAUCCUGGGCGUGGUUAGGGUUCAGGACUAUUUUGCCGCAUAUUACGAAAGAUUGUAUGGCAAAUCGGAUAACUCUCGAAACAUGUCCAAAAGCAGCACUGCUGCGGUGAUGGAAGGGAAACUGAAGGAAAAGCUGGAAUCCACCGGCAUUGCCUGUCUGUGUUUAGCCCAGGCCAACGUCUGUUCCGCCAACUCUGUCUCUGGUAUCCUAGGGAUUCUCUGCCUACUUCUGUCCAUACACCUGGCCCACGCAAGUCUUCAACACAAGUUGAAUGCCAGGUCAACCAGCAAUGAGAAAGAAGAAGGAGGUAUCAAGGAGCUCCAAGACGAAGGCAAAACAGACCCCGAAAAACCAGCUGACUCAGCAGACGACGUCAAACCAAUUUCCAGAGCAAUGUCAGCUUUUGACUUUUCCGACGAUUCAGAGAAAGAGAAUAAACUUUUUGGCAACACCGACAUCAAAAAGGAAAAGGACAACCUCAAUAGAAGACGAAUCGAGUCAACCAGUGGAUCGGAGAGCACAGAACUAGAGGAAGACAACAACCAAUCCAAACGACCGAGACGGCGUUCCUUCACACACGCUAAGACUCAUGACGACCGCGUAGAUCGCGUCUACACCGUCGGCUGCUUUGAUCUCUUUCACCAGGGACACGUACGUCUGCUGCGAAGAAUGCGAAAAUUAGGAAAAGAGGUAAUAGUUGGAGUCCACGACAGUCGAAGCAUUCUGAAGUUGAAAUCCAAAGUUCCUAUCGACAGUACUGAAACUCGCAUGGCAAACGUCAAGAGAUAUGCUGACAUAGUUUUCUGUGUAGCUGGCACGGACCCCACUUCGUACCUUGGAUGCGUUGCCAACACUAACGCCGAUCUGACCGGCAUGUAUGUUCGCGGUGACGACAUGCAGAAUUUCCCUGCCCGCCAACUGGCUGAGAGCAUCAUGACCAUCAAGUUCUUGCCCUACUCCGAGGGAGUGUCUUCCACCAAACUCCGGAAAGAACAAUACAAUGCCUCCAGUUUUGGUCCCCAUGUUAAUGCUGAUGUUCAAUCCAUGUUUUACUGAUUGCGUCAAGAAUUGUGAACAAGUUUUAAUUUCUUAAGAUUUGUUUAAAAACAGAUCUUUACUGCCAAAAUCAGUUUAAACCACAUUCAUAUAGACUGUUUUGCACGAGACAAUUUUUGAUUUUUGUUAUUUUUCACUAUUUCUGCCACUAUUGCAUUGGAACAGACAAUGUUUCAUACAUGUAUAUUAUAUAUAAGAAUAUUUCUUUCAUCUUUACAUGUCAUAAGUACUAGUCCCAAAUAUUAACAAGUUUUCAUCAUUCAGUUCUCUGUUACUGUAAACAUUACUGGUCCUAAUUUGACAGCUGAAUUGUACAUCUUGUUGACCGCUACAAACUGGCUCUUUAUAAAACAGACAAUAAAUCUACCCACAAUUCUGCGUUUGAAAAUUGGAAUAUGCAGUUAUAUAAAUAUAGCUGAGAGUGUUCUAUAUUCAGAUCAGCCAGAUGACUUCUAUAAAUAUAACAAAUCA